GUUCAAAAAGCAAGAAUGUUCCGCGCGUAUCUGUUCUUCAGCUUUGUGGUGCUGGUAAGUGCGCAAAUACCGAGUCUUGGGUUUUGCCCUGACUACCUCCCCAUGACGGAUUUUGACAUUGACAGCUUUUUGGGGAAGUGGUAUGAAUCCGAAAGAUACUUUCAAUUUUCAGACAUCGCUUCGAGAUGUGUCGUUACCGAUUAUGCGAAGGGUCCCAGCGGAAAAAUUUAUGUUUCUAAUGAAGUUACAAGUAGAUUAACUGGCGUUAAAAGGGUAAUAGACGGUCAUUUGGAACUGUCUGGAAGAGUGGGAGAAGGCAAACUCAACGUCAAAUAUUCAACAACACCCUUAAGCUCUCAAGCAAUUCUCACUGUACUGGAUACCGAUUACGACAACUAUGCAGUCAUCUGGAGUUGCAGUGGGUUUGGGCCUCUUUCUGCCCAAAGCGCUUGGGUUAUGACCAGAGAACGCCUUCCAUCAGGCCCCGUCCUCCAAAAAGUCUAUGGAGUCCUAGACAAGUUCAAGAUAAGCAGGACUUUCUUCGUAAGAACAGAUCAAGAAGGAUGUGCAUUAGCUGCAUCAGAAAUAAACGCAGCCAACGGAAUAACAGGCCAAUCUACCAUACCUCAAGCUACCGGUCAACCACAACGAAUAUUACCUUUACUAGGAGCCACAGGUGACGCACAACAAGUUUAUGAACCUUCUGAAGCUGUCAAAUCAGAAAAAAUCCCAGACGCUGUUAAUUCUGAAUCUGCUGGUAUCCAAGAAAUUUUACCUAAAGCCGUUAACGCGAAUUCUAUGAAUCAUGAACCUACUAGAUCAAAAUUUGUCAAUUCUAUUGCUGCUGUCGCAGCUGAUGCUGUAUCUGAAGCUGUUAACGCGGAUUCUAUGAAUCAUGAACCUACUAGCCCAAAAUUUGUCAAUUCUAUUGCUGCUGUCGCAGCUGAUGCUGUAUCUGAAGCUGUUAACGCGGAUUCUAUGAAUCAUGAACCUACUAGCCCAAAAUUUGUCAAUUCUAUUGCUGCUAUCGCAGCUGAUGCUGUAUCUGAAGCUGUUAAAUCUGUAGCAAGUAGCUCGGAAGCUGUACAAACUGAUAUUAAAAAGAAAGUGAUAAAUCCCAUGCUAGUUAGGCCUCAACCAGAGAAUGAAUUAAAUCCCUUGCAUGUUGCUGAGGUUAUUUUAGAAAAUAAUUCACUCCAGCAAACUGAACCACAACUUAAAUCGGAAAUAAAACUUGUUCCUAAAAUACCUCAACUAGCUGAAGACGUGUAUGUUCCAAUUAAAACUCCUGUAGAACAAAAAGUCACAAUUACAAAAACAAAGACUAAUUAAUUUAAGUAGGUUAUUUAUUUAUUCAAUGUACAAAUUAAAAUAUACUUUAUUUAUUGCAGUAUUUUAUGUAGUUUAUAUGAAAAUAUAGUAAUAAAUUUUUAAUUUUUAAAUUAUUCUCAGUCCUUUUUUUAUUUUUAAACCCAGCAUUUAUUCAAAAUCCAAAAUGGAUCAAACCAUUAGAAACUUCCAAUAGAGAUGAGAUGCUUAAUUAUAUUUGGACAUGAAAGGUAUAACCACGCCCUUUUGAUGGCAAGGAUGGGAUAUUGCAGUCAGCACCCAGCAAUCUAUUUCUCUCUAUUCAAUGGCAAUGUAUUUCUAUACCGAUCUCGUGGAGGCAGGAUUGGAAAUUUAAUGUACUGUAUAUCUCAAGUAUGAGCUUUAUUUUUGGGUAAUUGACAAGUGACUUACCUGUAAUAAAAGUAUUUCUAAAUAUGUACUAUAUGAGCUUUUUUCUUAGGUAAUCGAUUUAUAAAUAUAUUUAUCACUCUUCUCUACUCGUUCAGCUAUCCUAUACAUGUGGCCUAGUCAUUGCAUUCUGUUCUUACAAAUAAGGAAUGAACUUUCAUAUAGUUUUCUAACUUCGUUUGUUCUUCUCCAUUACUUUUAUAUUUAUUCCUUUCAAUUUCUCUAACUUAUUCUAUUUCUUGUUUAGAAUCCAGACUUCCAUGCCAUAGGUCACAAUUUUAUAUAAUCUUAAUUUUGUAUUUAUCAAAAUAUUCUUAACAGUUGUGGAAAAGAGUAAUUGUAAAAAAUAUCUUUAUUAAGUUAUGUUACAACUCAUAAAUCUGAUCACAUCACAAAGAAAUUAUAAAAACUGAAACGAAAAAUACUAAAAGACGACAAUUAUUUUCCAGGAACUAAUAAAGUAAUUCAAAACGAAGUUUUUGUCAAAAUGUUUACCAAAGAGAACAGAUAUCAACACCCAAACUGAUACAAAUGAUGUAAUAUUGAGCUGUAUGACUAGAAACAUCUAAAUUGUUUAAAAUAACAUCUAAACUUUAAAGGUUUACGACAGAUAUUAGAUUAAAUUCUAAUUUCACUUCCUUGGAAUUUUCUUUUAUUGUUCCAUGUAGAGAAAUAUCCAGUCAGUGUGUCUUUUAGUAAGAAACCCCAAAAAAAUGUACAGAAAAACUAAAUAACUAACACAUUUUUACAAUUCAUCUUUUUCAUCUAAUUCUACAUCAGAGAGGUCAAUAUCUUCUUCUUCUGGAAGCACACCAUCUUUUCCAUCCCAUGGUUCAGCUUUAUAGAUUUUUGGAAGAGCUUCACCUUUUACUGGAGAAGUAUUGCCUUUGCCGUAUGACAAAUCCCUAAAAUAA